AUGUACACUCACGCAGUAUCAAUAUGCCUCUGGCUGGCGGGCCAUGCUGUAGCUCAGUCAGACACCGCGCCUCCUCCAGGCUUCACUUACGGUGGUAAUAGCUUGGGAGUGAUCAAAGACAGCGAGACGGUGUCACAGGCAUUCCCCGAAGUGGAUAUUGAUCUCCUCUCUCCCUACUUCAUCAACGAGAACAGCAGGAACAGCGAUUUUGCCAAUGGCACAGCUGGUCCCACGAGCCAAACAGAGAUGGACUCCUUCCUCCGGUCUAUCGCCGAGCGGAACGAUUGGAUGACCUAUCGCUCAGCGGAAUUCCUCUCCGAAGAGGGGCGUGUCAUGCCAUAUGUCUACCUCUCAGAGCCUACGACUGCACCCACGACCACCAACAGCUCGAAGUUGAAGGUGUACAUCCAAGCUGCAAUUCAUGGAAAUGAGCCCGCGGCAGAUCAAGGUGCUCUAGCGCUGCUAGGAAAGAUGGAUGCCAAUCAGACAUGGACGGCAUCGCUGCUCGAGAAGAUGGACAUUCUCAUGCUGCCUCGCUGGAACGCCGAUGGUGUGGCCUCCUUCCAACGCCGAAUGGCUUGCAACCUCGACCCAAAUCGUGAAGCCGUCAAGCUCGACCGCCGUCAAACCCGUGACAUCUGGCGCAGGACCCACGAGUUCGGUGCUCACAUCAUGGUCGAUAUGCACGAGUACACGGCAUCUACCACUUUCGGUGAAGAUGGCCAAUACCAACACGCAGUUGAUGCUAUGCUCGGCAUCGGAGCUGAUCUCAACAUCCACCCUGACAUCCGUAGCGCUGGUCUCAACACAUUCAUCCCGGCGACGAUGGAGCGUUUGGCCAGCUACGGACUGCGGUCGGACUAUUACGUUACUGGGCCUGCGAACACUUCUGUGCCGGAAUUCACGCAAUCUGGCACUGGUGCUCGCUAUGCUGAGAGCGCCGUCGGUUUGACGCAGGCUAUAACGUUCUUACACGAAACUCGCGGCAUAAGAUUGGCGGACCAGAAUUUCCAGCGCCGAGUCGCAACCCAGCUCAUCAAGCUAGAAGCUGUACUUGAAACCGCCCGCGACACCGAGGGCCUCUACGACCUCAUCGAAACCGCACGAGGAGCCUUCAUCUCCAGCACCGAGGACAUUGUCGUGCUCGAAGCAACUACGACAAUCAACAGAACCUAUCCCCUCGUCUCUGUAGCCAACGGCUCCGUGGUCGAAGUCCCAGUAACCUUCAUCGAGACACCCACCCUAGCCAACCUGACCCGUUCUCGGCCAGAAGCGUACCUCAUCCCCCGCACAUACAUCGACAUCGUCGAACGGUUGGAAAUCUUCGGACUGGAAGUCGAGACUCUUGAGUACGAAUACCACGGCACGGUGGAAGUGCUCACUGCCACAUCUAGCACUCUCGGCGAGGAGAUCUACGAAGGUCAUGUGUUGAACACGGUGACGACGAGUGCAGCGAACAAAGAGGUCCAUCUGCCAGCGGGUAGCUUCUUGGUCAGCACUCGACAGAAGAACGCUGCGUUGGCGUUUGCGGUGCUGGAACCGGAGAGUCCGGAUUCGUAUGUGACGUUCAACUUUGUGCCGUUGGCUGUUAAUGAUGAGUAUCCAAUUUAUAGGGUUAUGGCUUGA